AUGCAUAGUCUUGCGGCCCUGUCGUUGUGGCUCUGCGCCUCUGGAUUGUCCCUAGCCGCACCGAACACAUUAUCUUUUGAGAACGUCAAAACGGACAAUGGACAUAUCACAGGCCAUCGCUCACCAGAGGCCAACGAGGUCUGGGAGUACCUGGGCAUUCCAUAUGCGCAACCGCCGCUUGGAGAAUUGCGAUUCGCUGCACCACGGAAGUACAAGGGCAAUGCAACAUACAUUGCCGCCAACUUCUUCACUGCUGGUGCCGGAACGUCUCGAAGUGAGGAUUGCCUUACUUUGAACAUAUGGUCAAAGCCAACUGCAAAGUCCGCUAAGGCGAAGAAGCCUGUUUUCGUUCUAUUCCAUGGAGGACGUUUCGCUGGUGGCAACACCAACACACCCUUCGCCAACGGCCAGUACCUCGCAAAAAACGAGGAUAUCGUUGUCAUCACGGUCAACUACCGUUUGAACGUCUUUGGAUUCCCUGGCUCCCCCGAUACCGACACCAACCUUGGACUGCGUGACCAACGUCUUGCAGUAGAGUGGCUCCAGAAGAACGUCGCAGCAUUCGGCGGAGAUGCAAAGAAAAUCGUCAUCGCUGGUCAAUCUUCCGGCGGUGCGGCUGUCGACUGGUGGUCCUAUGCAUACCAGAAGAAUCCCAUCGUUCACGGCCUCAUGUCCACAUCAGGCAACACUUUCAGCUUUCCCAUGAACUCACCAGAACGGCAACGGUCCAACUGGGACAACCUCACCUCCCUAGUAGGCUGCAGUUCCUCGACCGACACACUAGCCUGCAUGCGCCGCCAACCGUGGGAGACAAUCUCAAAAGCUGUAACCAAGAUUGCUCCUAGUCCAGGCGGCAGUCCAGUCCGCUCAACACCGCCGUUCUAUCCUCUGGUAGAUAACGAGACAGUCUUCUCCGACUACCUUUCUCGUUCAGCAUCCGGCAACUUUGCCAACUUACCCUAUUUCCACGGCCACAAUGAUCAUGAACAGGGCUACUACGUCAUCCCAGCAUUUGCCCAAGGUCGCAAUGUUACUGAGCAACAAGCCAGCCAGUUCCUCCUCGAGUCCUUUGUCUGUCCCAUCUCUUACGCGGCUAAUGCACGCGUUGACGCUGGCGUACCUACGUGGGUUUAUCGAUACUACGGCGACUGGAACAACACACGUCUUUAUCCCACAUCUGGUGCAUACCACGGUACUGAACUACACAUGAUCCUCGGGGGCUCCGCAGAUGCCAGCGGCUUGCCUGAAACACAAGCCCAGAAGGAUACUGUCAGACUUGUGCAGCGGGCUGUUGCGGCAUUUACUGAGGAUCCGAAGAAAGGCCUGACAAAACUGGGGUGGCCGGUUUUCGACCCAAAGAAGAAGAGUUGGGGCGAGAUUGCUCUGGAGAACAAAGCUAAAGUCACGUUUGCGAGACCGGAGAAGUACGAUGCGCAGUGUGGAGAUGUCGUUUUGGGUGCUUUGCAGGGUAUGUCCUGA